AUGACUGCAUUCAAACAACUUUUCGUGGCCGCUUUGACUCUAACAAUCUUCGCUUCAUCUGACGCAUCCCCAAUUUUCGAUGUUAACGCAAUCCAAGCCGGAAACAAGUGCAGCAUAAAACAAACCGCCUACGGAGGCCCUGCCUACAGCACCGCCAUAGGUGGCACCGGCGUCUAUAACACCGGCUUCAACUUUGGAAACGGCUGGGGUGGUGAUGCCUUUAGUAAGGCCCGGGGUGGUGACGCCAAAAACGAAGCUCAAUGUUGCUUUGUCAAUGGAAAUUGGGUUUGGAUUAUUGGGUCCAAGUGUGAUAACUGA